AUUUGUCAUUUCAAAUUGACUCCACAAAAUACAAGUCUGCUAUUGAGCAACUGCCGGACAUUCUGCUCCAGUGAAAUGGCAAACGAAUACCUAUUUCUUCUGGCGUUCGCUGCAUCACUUCGAUUUAAAUUUGUUUCUUCGUUCAAUCUUGAUAGUAAAGAUGCGUUCGUUUACGAAGGUGCAGCUGGUGAAUAUUUUGGCUAUUCGGUAGCGUUACAUGCGCAAGGAAAAAAAGAUCGAUGGUAAGUUUAUCAAAUGUAAUAUUAACGAAGCUGGUUUACUUUACAAACAAGUAUUUUGAUUAUUACCAGAAGUUUAAUUUAUACAACAGAGGAAACUCGGACUUAAAAGGAAAGAGGCUAAGGAAAGCUCUGCUCCUUGGCCGUGUUUUUUAAAGCUCCGUUCUGAAGGCUUCCUUUAAAAACCGGAAACUUGGAAUUUUAAUAUAUGGCUCUCAUAUAGGACACUUGUUCUAUAAAAUAAUUGUUAUAAAUGGAAAAUAAAGCGUUCCACUCGAUGAUCGCACAAUUGAAUCGAAGGACUAAUAUAAAAGAGUUAAAAGAGUGUCUCUAGUAAUGAAACCCAUCGUAUUUGUCUGUAUGUAUUGGUUACAUGUAAAUACUACAUGAUACAUUUGAAAUCGACGCUGACAGAAAAAAACAUCGGGCUCUUUGAGUGUAAACGCCUGCCUCUAUUCCUUUCCGAAGCACCUUUUAGCGAUCAAUGGCGAUAACUAGAUGACAUUUCCACUAGAACCUGUCACGCGCGCAUUUUCCGAAUACCUUUUUGUUAGAUAUGGCCCUUUCUUGACGACAACAAGAUCGCGUAAAUUGAUUUUGGAACAGUUGUCACAGUAUAAAUCUGAACGUUAUCUGGAGUUGCAAUAUCACUGUAUUUCAAAUUAUCGUGCGCCAUUUCGUCGUAAUGCAAUGUAAAGCAGAUUAACGUUAACGUUAUUAAAAAAAGACUUUCGCUCCAACCAAAAGGAUCAAGCUUACAUUUUUGUUUGCGUGUGUUCCCGCACAAAACGCAGGAAUGAAAAUAAUGCUAUAAAAUGCAAAUCAGCUUUCUCGUUAAAUCCACAUACUUACGGAGAUUUUUAAAUAAUUAAAAACACUCCACCAUCUUGAGAUUCCCCUGUGAAAUAACAGCGCACCUUUUUGUUCGAGACUAUUAUUUUCUGCUGGCGUAGUAGGCCCCAGGUUUGCCGUAUUUCAUAAUCUCUCUAUUUUUCCUUUAUUUUAGCUCCCGUAGAAGGUUGGUUUUGCAAACCGAAAUAUUGUGAAAUACCAUUUGUUUUGUUUUUAAUUAUUUUCCUCUCGGUAUUUUUGCCGUAAGGAUGAGUGUAUUCCUGUUGUACUCCUCCUCGAUUGAUUAUCCACAGGCAGACCACCUUCUGCUCGUACCGGCGAUGCUCUUAUUCUUCGGCCAUUUCAAUCGACCCGUGGCACAUGUAAAGAGGAAAUACAACUGAAGAUUACGGUGGUUCUGGGACAAAGCACAGCGACGAACCUGUGGUUAGCGCUGUGGUUUUGUCUUAAAACUGGUUUUUUGUAAAAUAUAUAUAUCUCAGGGUGGGAAAUGGCUAGCUUGCGUACUUGAGGGAUCCGCGGACGAGUGCUGUUGUUUUUUGGCGGCAGAGCCGCGAGAAGAUUAGGAGCAAAUCGAAAUCCCACAGUCACCAAGAAAGUGCCCCGCGCAUAAUAGUCCCGUCAGCUACGCAGGCUAGGUAAUGGCCGACCACUGGAGGCUACCGAAUGGCCGAAUAUAUUGGUAAAUUGAUGUCAACCAUAUACCAGCGACAGCGAACAUUAUAGCUGUUGGUGGCCGAAGAGAGGAGGUGGGGGGGGGGGGAUGGGUGGGGAGAAAGGCUGUUUUCUCUCUCCCAACCGCACCUCCGAGAAAAAAAAAGAAUUCUUGUAUCCUUUAUGUACGUGCCCACAAACCCUGGCCGAGCUGACGUAUCUUUCGAAGAUAAUUAGGCCAAAUCAUGCAAUUUAGGCGCGAAAGCUAUGCAAAACGGGUACUGUAAGCACGGGCAGCCCAAAUUCGCGUAAGUUGAAGAGGAAAGUGUUUUUCCAUGCUUUAAAGCCUAAAAGAGAGUAAAAUAUGUCCCGGCAAUUAAAGAAAACCACAACUCUAGUGAAUCAACAACAGAAGGCUUGCCACGACCUUUAAAGUGCCUGUUGUUAAAGUUUAAUAUCACGUUACGCUCAAAUUCAUCGCAACUAAGCUUUCCCGCGCCUCAGCUCAACUUCUCACCUAAAAUUAAUCUUCUUGAUUGAAACUUGUAAGCUGCUGAGAUGGUUUUUAACCAAUAUCAUGGGACUUCGGCCACAUCGAAACAAGUUUUUUGCACUAAAAAUGUCGCGUGAAAGCGUAUCCGAGAAGCACGAUGAGGUCUCGCUUAAAUCGCAAUGAUCAUUUGCUGUAAAUAUCUGUAAUUUUGAGGCUUCUUGUAUUUCGGCCGUCUUUGUUUGAUGUCUCCAAUAAUACAAUUUUUUUUAAGCAGAACGUUUUUUAUAUAAGAAACGUUAGGCAGGGAAUGGGAAAAACUUUGACCGGAACUCUAACGUUCUCGGCCAUGGCUUCCCUUGCUUGAAGGCGAAACGAGUACGAAAACGUGUUCCUUCGGGAAUUCACAACUCCAGUGAAUCAACAUCAACAGAGGGCUUGCCACGAGAUCCUAAAAAAACUUAAGGAAAUAUCUCUAUCUAAAGUGCACUCAAAUACAUUUUAUCAUGCUUAGCUGUAUUGCACCAGUUUAAAGGUGAAGAAUUUAGAGAAAUUAAGAUAAGGAAUUUUAUUCGCCAAAUCAAUUUUGCUGAACAUUAGUUUGCAAUGUCCAAAAAGCACGACGUUUUAGAGUCCUGCAGGCCUAUAAUUCCGUCAUUACAAAAUGUAAUAAAUUCUUUGUCGUUCAAAUAAAUGUAAAUUGUAUACUCUUUUAUGGGAAAAUAAGAGUGUACAAACUACCCCUCCCCUGAACCAACAUUAACACUUCACUCACUUAAAUGUUGGCUUAGGGGAGGGGUAGGUUGGCAGUUUCCUAAAAACGUAGAAUGAUCCCAUAAGGUUGUAGCCGUUUAAGCCCCGUAGGGAACAUACAAAAAUAUGUCUUCAAACUGAUGUCCAUCGAUACAUUUCCUUAAGAUAAUUAGAUAAAAGAUUAAAGCAUUUUAUCUGUGCUUAUCAUCUUAUUAGUUAUUAUCUUCUCCAGGCAAGAAAGGAUAAAAGCCCUCGAAGAGAUAUGAGGCUUCUUCUUCCUUGAUUUCGGAGAAAGGGGCGGGGUUGCCGUUGCGUCACUGUCCGUCAAUUGCAAGAUUGAGGCGAUCUCAGACUAAAAAUACGGAAAAAUUUCGACCCACUCCCUCCCCCUAAAUCAAGAUGGAAAUAGCGCGUUUUAACCUUCGGGAGGUUUCAUCCCAUAUUUCGGGUUAUUGGGGGAUUGCUGUUCCAUUUUAUUCUGUUCAAGAUUGUAGCCCAAAUAAAGAAAAGCGAGACCCAUUUUUGUUGUAUCAAAAUUUCGUUUUCUUGGCUUAGAAUUAUUCUGCUUGAGAAUGAAAUUCUCUCUACCUCUUUCUCUGACUUUUUUGGUCUUCUCCGCCUGUUACUUUUCCUUUUUUGCGUUGUUCAUUAUUUUCAACAUCUUCUUAAUUUACACUUUUUUCUAGGGUUAUAGUUGGGGCACCGUUAAGAAACAAGACGGUAUCCCCCAGAGAGUUCUAUCCUCGAUACGGAAGUGUUUAUAAAUGCAAUGCUAACUCAGGACAGUGUAGUGUAAUAUCUGUGGACGACAGACGUAAGUUGAAUUUUAUCUGUUGGUUGUAGGUAUGUGCUGUUAUUUGGGGUGUGUCGUCAGUGUGUCGUUGUACACUAAGGAAGUUAUAAUAUAGAAGAGUGCAGGGGCGGAUCUAGGGGGAGGGUGCAGGAGGUGCACACCCCCCCCCCCUUCCCCCCGAGAUGACCUGCGGUUUUCUAAUACAACUGGUAUUCUGCAAAAAAAAACUACGUGGUUUAUUGGUGUUGAAGUAGAGCAAGAGACGAGUGCACCCCGUCCUAAAAAAAAUCCUGGAUCCGCCCCUGGAGUGUUUGCACAGGGUAGUAAUAUUAUAUAUACAGUAUACCGACCCAUGAAGCUCGCCGAAACACAUUUCCCACGUGAAUGCCGACUAGGCACUCAAGUCGGCGGUUAAAGUAAACCAGCUUUGCUUCCACGAUAUUUGUGCUUUGGCGACUUUCGCGUAAAAACCGCCCGAUGUUAGGCUGGGCCGUUGUCUGCGUUGCAGACUUAAUUUGAUCAGAGUUGAGUUUCGUCUGUAGCGCAGGCUGCUGGGCCGAAUGGGCCGGAUAUUACCCCGUGGGGGGGGCACUUUAGGAAUUUCUGGGUGGGGAUGUGCCGCUGGGAGCCUGGAACCCUUAACCUUUACCAGAGCUAGUUCAGCUGAAUUUUGCUGCCCUAUACUAGAGUAAACUCCCCAAAUCCCCCUAUCCUAGAGUAGCUGUGUACCUAGUCUAGAUAAAAUCUUCAACCAACUGAUCAGUUUCCUGAAAAAUGAUACCCUAUUCUAGAGCCAAACGCUCUGAUUUAUAUACCCUAUCCUAGAGUAAACUGCUUGAAAACCAUACCCUUCACAGCGGCACAUACCUAUAUAGCCCAUAUAUGGCAGUACCCCCCCGGGGAUAUAACUUAGUAUACAGGGUGAACUAAUUAACCUGAUUGCGACCUAUCCCGUUUUUUUCUCGAUCAUUUCAUCUCGCUUAGUUAGGUGGGGCAGAUUAAAUUUAAGCUGAGAAGAGUCCUAGUCCGCCGAGCUCAGAUAGAUGCUCAUCUCUCAAAAGAGGAAAAUUCAUUUCACAUCGUAGCUAGUUGUGCAGGGAUGGCAAAGAAACUCACCACAAAAAAGGGAGGAUAUUUUCAACUUGUUGUUUAAUCGCUAAAACCCACUGUGUUAUUUUUUUGUCGUUCCCGACCACAACGUGGACAAUUUUCCGUUUUCAUCAUGGUUUUGUAAAGUCCCUCAUAUCUCCCGUAUACUAUGCGAACCAAUUCAUAACGGCAAAAACAUACACAUCUGAAUUAAUUGAGACUGAUAUUCAUGCGUUAUACACAAAUGUUCCAUAACAAUCCGACCAUGGCAGGUUGUAGUGUACGUAGCCGACAGAAUAAUGGGACCACAGUGCUCCCAUUUUUCCCCUCGGGCAUUGAUCUCUCUUAAUUGGUUAAACUUCCGUUGGGCGUAAAGAACAUUUGUAGCGGAUAACAGACUGUCAUAUCUCGGGUGGUCAAAAGCUUUUAGCACCUCUUCAGCAGAUUAUGAAAACAAAGCAAUUAUUUUCACCUUUGGCUGGAGCCUCCGGGCCAGCUGUUUCUAUAAUUUGAUUAAUUGUUUUUAUCUUUUCCUUCCGUGUUUUUUUGGAAAGUUUGCGGUUGUCUUAAAUGAAUUUUUUUAUUAUUGAUUGAUCUUAAUUAAAGUAAUUGCACCGGACGUGGAAAAAUUCUUGUCUGAAGAGACCGUGAUCCAAAUAUUUUCCCAGGAGAGUUUGAAGACAAUCCAUUUCAAGAUGAUAUAUUAUAUUUGUAAUCGCACGACUGAUGUGUUAUUUAAAAUAGUAAGUACGAAGUCGGCUUAUUUAAUAGGUGCCGUGUCUGUUUAAUUUUUCUUUUGAGAAUUGGCGCCGCGUCUUUUUUAAAUAACAUUUUCAAAGUAAACUACGUACAAUCUCGGACAUUUACUGUUAACUUCUUAAACAGGAAUUAUAAUACAAUAUUAGUCAUGCCUUUAUUUUCGCUUGGGUCUUCGCAUGUUCAGAACAUAUGUUUUCUGUGAACUGGUUGCAUUUGUAUUAAUUCCGGAAAUUCUCGGAGAAAAUGUCGGGAUCAGAGGAGAAAGUCAGCAGAAGUGAAGUUAGAGAGAGUAGAAAUUAUAGCAGCUACUGCCAGGUUUAAGUCAAAGUGUCGCCUCUUUCGUUAUCCGAGAGUUGUAUGGGUGUGUCUUUUAAUAUUCAGAGAUGAUUUUUUUGUUUAAGGUCAUGUCAUAGUUUUGCCUUUCACGUAGACAUUCUCUUCGUUUGUCACGCAAUCUCCCCACAGUAACGAACAUUGGGGCGGAGCUGCGAUACGUGACGAGGUCACACAAUCUCAGACGGUCUGCCAUAGUCUGUAAAGGUCGGACUGAGCCACACACGAAUAUAUUAAACUCUCAUUUGUUGUCUACGUAACUGGAAUUUUUUGGAACGCUAAUUGAAUUUUAAAAAAUGCUUGAAAGCUAUUUCUGAGCUUUCACGAUAUCGACAUCAGAGGUAGCCUCCCACGCAAACGUUCUUUUGGCUCAACACUCAAUUCUGCGCAACGUAACGUUCGUGGGCAUGGAACGCGUGAUAUGCUUUUGGAAUGCUCCAAAGACCCUCUCUAAGCCACUAAAGGUUCUAUCUUAGGAGGAUAUGGCAGUUUUAGAUCAAUUAGCUACUGACAUCAUUAGCUUGUGCCUUAUACACAAAAUGUUCCUGUAGCGUUAGGCACGGCCAUGAAGACCUUGUUUGGUUGAUGUUUGGGAUCAAUUAUGUUUCUGGGAAACUGCCCAUUUACCCCUCCCCUAAGCUAACUUUAACACUUACUUCUCACUUAAGGCAAAAAACGCAAAAUGAUGGCUUAGAAGAGGGAAUUGAUACAAAUGGUCUGAUGUUUCCUGGCUUUCCGCGUAGCUUGAAAACUUGAAAAAGUUGGCCCAAUUUGUUUUAAGUUUCAUCCAUGUCCAUCCUUGACAUCCGUAGCAAUAGAUGACAGGAAACAGUUUCCAUGCGUAUAUAUUCUUGAAUAACAAAACUGGACCAUUAUUUCCAGAAUUACCACUGAUGCGAAAGCAUGUUUUUUUAAAAAAGAAAUGUUUGAAAUGGUUGAAUGUUUGAAUAUCUCCACAGGUCAAGCAGAUGACGAAGAAAAGAGUGGGCAGUGGCUUGGAGCAACGGUAGUCACUUCGCCUUCCACCACUAACAAUGGAAAAGUGCUGGUAGGAACACCCACACUCAGUGUUAGUUUUUUCUUAGCCUGCGUAGCGCUGACGAAAUUAGGCUGAUUUAGCAACAGAACGGAAACGUCAUUUGACGACGGGAAAGCGCGCGGAAAGGACUAAAUUCGACUGUCGGUGUCCAAUUUGCACCUCUGCCAUUGGUCAAGCCAGUUGUUUGAUUUGCGCGCGCAGUCGUCAACUGACGUUCCCGUUUUGUUGCUAAAUCAGCCUUUUGUUUGUCCGUGCGCGUGAUGCACGUGCAAGUGUUUUGUUUUGCUAAUAUAAACCUAUUGCUUUUUUGCCUUUCGCGUCGCCGUCGUCGUUGCUUAGUUUUUGCUACGAUGGUAACUUGACGUCACAGUUCUCCUCUCUAAUAGGCUUCUUCCUACUUUUCCAAAACCGCUAACUUUCAAAACGAGCCUGAGUCCAAAACGUUUCAUGUAAAAAUGAGUUUUAGUUGCAUGAGAAUAUAAAACUUGUAAGUUGCGCACGGCGGUCGUUUUUGGAGACGCUUGAUUUUAUCGUGAAAUAAUAGUUGUUCUUUUAGUUAUGAUAGUUUUGCUGUCGAAUCAUUUCUCUUCUACUGCCCCAAAUAUUUUACCCUUGGAAAUAAAUUCUUCGCUAACAUGAAGGUUUUUUUCUUCCAAGAUUUUUUAGUUAUUUAAAGACUCUGAUUGUCGGUUGUUGCGGGUUUUUGUUGGUUAAAACCCGCGACCUCCCGCUCAGCAGACCGGCACUCUCCCAACUGAGCUAACCAGGCGGCGGUUCUUGUUGAUUGUUGUAGGUCUGUGCACCGAGAUAUACAUACUGGGGUAAAGUAACCAACCCGAAUAAGAAGGACAGAAUACUUAUGGGAAAAUGUUUCACUAUUGAGAACGAUUUAGGAUACGCGGAGAAGAUUGACCAAACGUGCUAUCACGGUGGUAGGCAUAAAUAUCCUCUUACCUAUUAGGCUCGUAAUAUUUUCAAAGUGAUCAUUAUUUAUUCAGCCUAAACCAGACUUUUUUUGGAAUAAUCUGAUUCAGAAUUGUUUUCUGGUUCUAUCAUCCCAUAGUUCUAUUCAGUCCUUCGUGAGCGCUCUGUUUCGAUUAGAAAGCAAAAAAAUCCAGAACCUUUUUUAAACCAGCGUACAGUUAAAAGGCUGCUCUUUUUUUCUUGUAUCGAUGUCCCAAAUCCGUCUUUAAAAGCCCACGACAUACGACAAUUUUCGCAAUCAGGGGUUUCAAUAAAAAUUGAAGAACUCAGCAGAUUUGAAUAGAGUAACCGCGAUUGUAUCUACCAGUAGGCCCGUUCUUCAGUGGGACAUGUUACCCCAGAAAAUAUCUAAAAAAUUUCCAAUCCCUAAAAGGUAAUUUCCAGCUUUCUCGGGAAAAAGUGAGUACAAUACUAAUUAAUAGUGGCAGUUUUUAUGUGUAUAAUUUACAUUUCUUGGAAAACAAUGAAUAUGAAGUAAAUGAAAGUGAGUAGUAGCACUGACACUGCACAUCAUUCAAAAUGUAGCAGCCAGUCACUUAUUGUCAAAUAUUUUACUCUUGUGACUGUUUUAACUUGUUUUGACAGAAUCUUUCUUUAAUAUGAUACUUCAUUUCCAGUUCCGAUGGCAUAAAACUAGCCGACUUCUAUGAGCAAAGUAGCUGACUCGUUUCGUCGAUUGUCGGUGCUUAUUUAUACCCCUGCGUAAUAAUAAACACUUAAUGACUGGUCCCGAGGAAAACAGUAAAUUUUGCUACUUUGAGAUUCGAGGGAAACAAAAUUAAAUGUUUCUCGAGGGACCAGUCUUUAAGUGAUUUGUUAUAUAGCUGGAAAGUUUGAAGCUGGAAAUUCAUUAAACCUCGCUGUUAACAGCGGUCGUUGGUCAACAUUAGUGGGUAACAGUACACUGUUACCCUCUGACGUCAUAGAUUUUGCAGUGUUGCCCGCUCAGAGAUUUUAGCGGGAAACAGUUUCAUUGUUAGAUGUCAUGUGAUCUCAAAGUAACCAAUGACUGCUUUGCUACUCUUCCAGGUAGAGUUUGAAAAUUUUGUUCUUUAUUUCUAGAGAAUCCGGGAAAUGAUAAUUAUAGGGACGUAAAAGAUGCUACGUGCCUAGAAGGCUUCAGUGGAGCCAUGCUGACAAACGGCAGAUUUCAAACUUAUGUAAUGGGACUACCUAGCCGGAAUUUGGAUGGUAAGUUAAAACGUUCUUGGUAUUUUUAGAUGAGGGGUGCUUUCCAUAAUGCCAAUUUUUGGAAAUUUCGGUCGAGAAAUAAAUGGAACGCUUCGCUCCGCUUGAAAACUUUCUGGUCAAAGUGGUCCACCUCCAGAGCUAGUCCUCUUUGACUGGUCGGUCUUGUCCGACCGAAACUUACCGUUCCACUUCCAAAAAUAUUGUUUCUAGUCCCACUUCGCAGAGAAGUAAUCAAUAUUUGGGUCUAAAAGUAAAUGGAACGCUUCGGUCCGGUUGAAAACUUUGAUUCAAUCGAACAAUGUCGUUCUAGUUGCAUUGGUUUCUGACUGGUCUGUUUGGCAAUGGAAAGCACCCGAGAUUUUCUUAAUGGGGUUUUUAGCUACAAAUAUCCCUAGAAAUAUUUGGGAGAAAACUUUAUCACUCGUUCCAAAGGUUUAAUUUUUUCUUCUCGUUUGCACUUGAGCCGCAAAGCAACAGAAAGAAAGGAAAACCCCCUCGUACCUUUCUGAUUUCUGAUUUCUCAACUCUUUUUUUUUGCCCAAGUUACCCCUUUGUAAAAUUUUAAUUGUACCAAAGGGGUUUAAGUAAGUUGAUAUUUGGUAUCCGUUUUAUCCAGCAUGCGUGGCCAAUUUUUAUAGGCGCGCGAGGGGCAACCUCGUCCCCAGGGCUUUUCCCUUAAAAAAAUUUUUAUUGGAAAAGCCCGGGGGACAAGGUUGGUUGAGGGGAACACGCGUAGUGAAGGCCCUAUUUUACCGUUUUCUACGUUCUUUGGUGUGCCAAGAAUUCCAUUGGCUCAGUGCGCCUCGUGGGAGUUAGUCUGUCACCUCAAAGUGAUAUUUUUCAUUCAAUGGACAUUCGAGUCUUGUAAACAAAACAUACGCCGCGCUCUACUAUUUAGAAACUUUUACAAACUCAAGGAAGUUGGCAGCAUUUCUCUUUCGUUGCAGGUUCUAUGUCAGUGUUUAACGUGCCUGGGAAGCCGGGUACGACGUUCUACACCACUCGGACUCAUGGUAAAGAUGAAAGCAGACCAAAAGAUCGAACUGGUCAAAACUUCGGUGAGUAACGCUAGACAUUUCUUUUCUUUAUGCAAAAACAUGAUGUAGUUCCGACGUUAUGUACUGUCAGAACAAGUAAAGAAAUGAAUUUUCGUCUUGCUGUUGAAGCAACAUACCUCAUUUAAAUAAGUUCUUCCUUCUUUGUUUUUUCUCCUCGUCAGUGUACUUUUUUGAUUUUACCUGCUACCUAGAACCUAUAUUGUUCAGGGAGCUAAGAAGGAAACCAACUGGUUCAUUUAGCUUUCUAGCUUGCACAUUAUUUUCAUUAAAUUUAAUUAAUCUUCUAUUGUAACUAAGUCUACCAGAUUGUAAUAUUAACCAUGUACAUCGACAAAAGGAUAAUAAGGAUUAUUCUGUUCUUUUCUGCUAAUAUUUUUCCAAGUUUGGACCUGAUUGAAAAACGUGUGAAUGUAUUUCAAAAUAAUAUGUUGGUUGUUUGUCAGCUUGGUACUAGAAUAAGUUGAGUGUCAGCUUCUGCAGUGCUUGGAGUUCGACUUGACUCGAACAUCCGCGACUUCAAAGAAAGCGUUUUCUACAUUGCCAUUCCCUAAAAAAAGUCAAAACAGUCACCUUCUUCAAGCUUGUUAAACGCUCUCAACAGUUCACCUAGAGAGAUAAUUACUAAACGGUUUAUGCUGCCAGAAUCAGUCUGAUCAGUGAAUUGGGAAGAAUCAAAUCAUAGUGCAGAUUUUAUAGAUCACGAUUACAUCACUGAAAUCAAAUUCCUUUACUUCUUAUCUUCUAAAAUUUUGAUCUGUGCCUUGCUCAUUUGUAGGAUACGCGGUUGCCGCCGGACGUUUUACAUCAAAAGACAAAGAAGGUACUAGUUAUAACGACACGAUAUAAGUUAGGCUUAGUUGGUAAAAGGGCAAAAACAAAAGAAAAAACAGAAUGGAAGAAAAACCUAUCACAGAACUUCAACUGCUGCUUAACAAUUCUCCUUCGUCAAGCGAUGUUGUUUCCGCCAUUUUGCGUUAUAAAGCCAUUGGGCCGGGCGAGUAUAGAAUCCGUGAGUACCGUCCCGGUUUAGCCGCCGGCGAGUUUUAGAUUUCAAGUUGUACAUAAGGCGGCUUCGUAAUGGCUCCAGAAGCGAACAGACAGUAAAACACACAACAAAAACGCAAGUCGAGUCAUUUUUAUUGCGUUUUUGUUUUUUCAAUAAAUGGAUUUUAGGACUUUCUUGUACGUUUUCCAUACAUUCUCUUAUAAAAUUCAGAUUCCAACGAACUCUCAUAUACCGUAAAAUUCCGAAAAUAAGCCCCUCCAUGUAUAAGCGAACAGACAGUAAAACACACAACAAAAACGCAAGUCGAGUCAUUUUUAUUGCGUUUUUGUUUUUUCAAUAAAAUUUUGCCUUUCUUGUACGUUUUCCAUACAUUCUCUUAUAAAAAGAUUCCGAACUCUCAAUACCGUAAAAAACGGAAAAAUUUCCUUCCAACUAUAAGCCCCUCAAAUAUAAUCGAUUUUGAAAAGGCAAAUUAAAACAAAGCCAAAACCGUAGAUAAGCCCCUCCGAAUAUAAGCCCCUCCAAAAAUAAGUCCCUCAAAAAGGGCCUUUGAAAAAUAUAAGCCCCGGGGCUUAUUUUCGGAAUUUUACGGUAUAUACAGUAGACUCCCGAUAACUUGAAUCUUCAAGGGAAAUCGAAAAAAGGUUCGAGUUAUCGGGAGUUCGAGUUAUCGGGAGCUCGAAGAAAAUAGCCGAGAGUUAGGUAAAAAACAGUUUUUACUGCACAGUGAACAUAUUAAUCACAUUUAAUUGUAGAAAUGUCAAGUGAAAAUUAAAAGAUACUUCUAGAUUAUAAAUCAGAACGUAACGCAACAAAACAUAGCCGAAAUAGAGCAUACGUUUUACUGUUUUGAGAAGAAAAGCUGCCUCACGUUAGCCUGUGACAAUCAACAUGAGCCUCCACUAGUAAACUAUACUCCUACAACAUGUCAGUAGGAAAUCCAAAAUUCAAUGUUUCGGAUGCCCGUAGACGGCUUUUUUCCCGACUUUUUCAGGGCUCAAAACAUGGUUCGGGUUAUCGAGGGUAAAAUCAUUAUUAAAAACUGAAUCAUUGGAUAAUGCAAUUCUAGCAUUUUGAUUGGCUUAGCCGUUAUGGUAUAUGAGCUAAUAUACCAUGUUCUCCAUUUAUGGUCGGUGUACGCGUCAGUUUAAAAUUGGAAGCUAGCUGAGAUUUUUUUCGCGAAGGAUAGAACGGCGCCCGAAGCAAAUCGUUUUAAUUCAUUUCUCAGAAUACUAGAAAUGCAAUUUCAACGAAAGAAAAAAGACAAAAACAAACAAAAAAGCCACAAGAGCUUGUCUGAAAGUUUGUCGAAAAACACAUGAAAACACAUGGAACUAAAGUACCUUGACCAGCUACGAAAGAAGACAAGUGUUGUUUCUUCAUGAUCGCGAAGCCAUUCGCCGAUCAAGUCACUCGCCGAUAGAUAACUGCAGCUUGUUUAUCCGACAUCAAGAAUAUAAAUCACAAGUAACCAGCUACAAAUACAGGCUAUGAAGCCAUUCACUAGAGCAAUCGAGGCGGCAGUAUAGCUUCUUUUCUCGUUCAGCAAAACCAGCUUGUGGCUUCAAACAACUUCAUAACAAGCGACCGAGGUAAUACCGGUAGUUUUUCUCCGUUGUUCUUACUUUUAUAACUGCACCGAAAAUCCAAAUUCAUAGUAAUUUCGACGGCUGUCAUUUAAAAAUUCCUUUCCUUCACAUUAUCUGCCAGGUUUUUUAAGCUGUUCUGCUGUGUAAAAUCCUAGAAUCACGAUGAGUUUUUGAAAAACUAAUGUUCAUCGCACAAUGUUUUGAUUUCAGUCUAGGCGAGUCCGUUCGCGCGUUGACAGUAGGGAACUUAAGAACCACGACGACGACUUUGUCGACGACGACCGGAAGUGAGAUACCAUGCACUGCGCAAGCGCGGUUAACAAAAUUUCGUCGUCGUGGUGUCAUCGACGACGCCAAACACAGUAGAGUCACGUCGUCCUGCAGUCCACAAGCUUCGGCAGGUAUAACUCCCUGUUUUUAAGCGAUUUUUCAAGGGCUUUGUAUUUUUUCACCUCGUAAAUCUAGGUAUCUUGUCUUUUUUCUGCUAACAAGCGAUGUUGAUUGAAAAUUUGACUGAUGAAUUGUGUUUUACGGUGGCUCGUAGGGACAAAACACUUCCCAGAUUCCAAAAACACGUCCCAGAAUCCAAAACACGUCCCAGAAUCCAAAAACACGUCCCAGAAUCCAAAAACACGUCCCAGAAUCCAAAACACGUCCCAGAAUCCAAAAACACUUCCCAGAAUCCAAAACACUUCCCAGAAUCCAAAAACACGUCCCAGAAUCUGAAACACUUCCCAGAAUCCAAAAACACGUCCCAGAAUCCAAAACACGUCCCAGAAUCCAAAAACAUGUCCCAGACUCCGAAACACUUCCCAGAAUCCAAAAACACGUCCCAGAAUCCGAAACACUUCCCAAAAUCCAAAACACUUCCCAGAAUCCAAAAACACUUCCCAGAAUCCAAAACACUUCCCAGAAUUCAAAAACACGUCCCAGAAUCCAAAACACUUCCCAGAAUCCAAAAACACGUCCCAGAAUCCGAAACACUUCCCAGAAUCCAAAAACACUUCCCAGAAUCCGAAACACUUCUCAGAAUCCAAAAACACGACCCAGAAUCCGAAACACCUCCCAGAGUCCAAAAACACGUCCCAGAAUCCAAGGAUCAUGAUUAAUAGAAGCAACCUGUAGAAACAUAAUCCUUCUGGAAUACCCAUCGAUCCAGCCACUUAUGCAAAAUCCAGAAAGAGCUAGCUUAUAUCCGUCAAUGUGCCAAACUGCGUUUGGACCUGAGCAUCUGUACUGUCUUCGUUCAAAUCGUCUUUGUCUUCUUUGAUUAACGCCAUGUGGAUCAAUAUUCUUUAAGAGGGAUCUAACAGUAUGCCUUCCAACCAAAAGAUUAUAUUUCCGCCGUAGCCGUCUCGUCAUAGUUCGAUAACCAAGGAGUUUACCUGGACCAUUCAGCUCCAAAGCAAUUGGUUGGCGUAUGUUGGCAAGUGGUGAUUGAUUGCCUUUUCUUCGCAAUCCUAGCUUCUGGUUUAUAAAUUAUUUAAAUUGUCUUAGAGUCCAGUGAAUGCCAUGAUAAGCGGAAAGAAACAUCAAUAUGGCUGUAUAUCGAUGCCCCUGCCUCCAAUACGCAGCUACGCAUUCAUCGACUGUAUUGAAAGUUGCCGUGCAAAUACAAUCUGGUAAUCCCACAAUAUCAACCACAUUUUGAAUCAAUAAUAAUAAUAUUACUAUAACUGGUAAUCUCAUAAUGAUCCGUGUCAGGCAGCUUGACUUGACAACCAGGCCUCCUUUGAUUGUAAGUGCAUUCUGGGAACUGUUUUUUUUGGGAAGCACUAGGAAGUGUUUUAGAUUCUGGGAUGUGUUUUGGAUUCUGGGACGUGUUUUUGGAUUCUGGGACGUGUUUUAGGAUUCUGGGAAGUCGUUUGGAUUCUGGGAUGUGUUUUUGGAUUCUGGGAAGUGUUUUUUGGAUUCUGGGAAGUGGUCUGGAUUCUGAAACGUGUUUUUGGAUUCAGGGAAGUGUUUUUGGAUUCUGGAAAGUGUUUUGGAUUCUGGGAAGUGUUUUUGGAUUCUGGGAAGUGGUUUUGGAUUCUGGGAAGUGUUUUGGAUUCUGGGAAGUGUUUUUGGAUUCUGGGACGUGUUUUUGGAUUCUGGGACGUUGUUUGGAUUCUGGGAAGUGUUUUUGGAUUCUGGGACGUGUUUUGGCUUCUGGGAAGUGUUUUUGGAUUCUGGGACGUGUUUUGGUUUCUGGGAAGUGUUUUUGGAUUCUGGGACGUGUUUUGGAUUCUGGGACGUGUUUUGGAAUCUGGGAAGUGUUUUGUCCUUAUGAGCCACCGUAGUGUUUACUUCGAAGACAACACUGAGAUGUGCAGGCCGAGCGAGCGAACUCGUAAGUGACAAAUUUAUUUGUACGUAUUUAGGUCAGGCAAAUCAUGUAUCUUUAAUAUAGAGGAAAUGAACUUUAUAUGGAAAACAGCUGUCGCAUCGGAAUCUCUCUUUUUCCAAAUCUAAACUCUGACAGACACUCGGACUCGGUCAAGUCAUUCAGGUUGAAAGUUGAAUAACCUUCGUACGGAAAGCAGAGAUUUUUCCAUUCGAAAAGGUCAGACAACACUAAAAAUUCUUCAUAGUCAAAGAAAGUAGACGUACGGCUUAUAAAAUAAGAUCUUGCAUCGUCUUAAAAGACGCCUUUGCGAAAAAACUUUGUUGCGAACGAACAUCACAGUUGUACUACUUCUACAUGUUUGUUUACAUUUAGUGUUGCCGUCGUCGACCUAUCGAUCGACUGUAUCUUAAGUUUCCUUUUUCCCACCGAAACUGACGUUCUCGUUCCAGUCCUUUCCCAGUCAACAGACGUCGUCGUCGUGAACUUCGUCGUGGUUCUUAAGUUCCCUAGUUUUGAUAGACGUGUGACAUGUGAAUAGCGGAAGUCCCUUGUCUUUUCCGGUUUGUUCUAGUCGGGGCGACUCAACGAGAUUUUGUGGGCGUUUUUAAUAAAACAAUUAUUCCACUCGGGCUUGUUGGAUAUGAAAUGAUUAUAGCCAACUCGGCGCUAUGCGCCUCGUUGACUAUCUAUCAUCUCAUAUCCAACGCGCCCUCGUGGAAUAACGAAAAUUGGUUCGAGUUAGCGGGAGUUCGAGUUAUCGAGGGUUCGAGUUACCGAGGGUAAAAUUACAGCGAAUGUAUGACGGAAAUCCAGGGGAAAUCGAUUUUGGUUCGAGUUAGCGCGAGGUUCGAGUUAGCGAGGGUUCGAGUUAUCGGGAGUCGACUGUAUAUAUAUACAGAGUCUGGGCCGCCUGUGGUUUAGCUUGGGAAUUGAAAGUCACCCGGCCGUUAGCGCAAAGGAGCGAGCCACGAAGAAUUGGGACGUAACCGUUUACCUCCCGAUUCUCAAAUGGAGACCUUCACACAGGAUAGGCCUGGUUUACAAAGACAAUUUUGUUUCUAGUUUGAAUUGAACUACAGUGGAAGUUCUCGUAAAGGACACUGUCGUGAGCGGACGGGUCUACUUACGGUCACCGUCAGAAAUCCCCGUUUCUCUCAACUCCCAAACAAACUCUGUAUUUUUACAUUCCCGUAAGCGGCCAGCUCCCAGUUACGGACACUUUUUUGAGUCUCGAGGAUGUCCGCUUGUAAUUGUAAAUUGUGAUUUGUUUAACCACGGAGCACUUAAGAAUUGGCUGAAACGUGUCCGUGCGUUUCAAAUCGAAUUGGAAUUUGGAAGUUGGUUUUUAAGGAGAGGAGAAUACCGAAGUACCCGGAGAAAAACCUCUCGGAACAAGUGAGAGAACCAACAGUAAACUCAACCCACAUAUGACGUCGACGCCAGGAUUCGAACCCGGGCUACAUUAGUGGGAGGCGAGUGCUCUCACCACUGUGCUACCCGUGCUUUCGAGAGCUUCCGCUGUAGAGACCUAUUCGGCUAACUCAAUGCUGCACCCUAUUCAAACCCUUUGAUAAUAAAACGUUUUGUUUCAGGGAUUUCCAUAUCAUUUAAAUGUGAAUGCCACAUUAUGAUGCAAAUACAAUUCGUAAAGAAUCUUAACCCCGGGAGAUUUGAAUUGGGUACAACAUUGAGUUAGCCGAAUAGGUCCAUUAAGUCGAACGUUUAUGUUCUUUUGUCACAGAAUUUGUUGCAAGUUCUUACCGCACAGGAAAUCUUCAAGGAAAGGUAUUAUUCAGAGGUUAAGAAGGUUUAAUACCAGCGACGCUUAGCGUUUUCACACUACGUUAUACUUAAGUGUCAAAGACUGUUGUGACUGCUUAUUUAUAUUCGAACUGAGUGCUUUGCAUUACAAAAGCAACAUUUUCUUGAAGGACAACAACAUAGGCAGGAACUAAAAAUUGGAGAAAUAUGUUAUUUUCAGUAUGCUUUCAGACAAGAUACAUGUAAUGUUAAAGUAAAAAUACUCCUGUUAAACUGCGUGGCAUGGCAUUCGUGCGAUAUACAUCAUCAUUAGAUAAUAUUUAACAAUUAUUCUUUGAAAUCGAGCUGAAUAGUGGCUAAAUAUUUACCGAAAUAUUCCCAAAGCCACUAUUCACCGAGAUUGAAAAGAAUUGGAGUUGAGCCUGCGAUUAGUUGAAAACUAGUAACUUGUCAGCGGAGAACUUCACAAAACACGUAACCUUGAUGAGUGGACUCUUGAGCUUGCGAUAUGGUCAUGUGAUACUGGUUAGUUGAUACCCUGUUUUGACCGCUGUCGAUUGACCACAACAACGUAUGCAAUAUCAAGUUGCAGGCUCCCAAUCCAUCUAGAGAGUAUGACAUUUCGCCUUGGUACGGGCGGAGGGACGAACGGGCAGACGUACGGUCACGCGAUUACCAAAUUUCUCGGGUGGAUAGAUUUUUCUUAGCCAUGGGACUCUGCCAUCAUCGUUUUUAAAUAUUAGAAAAAAUUUUGUUUUUUCUUAGUGAAUUGGCAAAAAUUUAAACUAAUCGCUAAACUGACACCACCAAAAGGACAUGUUGAGAUUGGUUUUUUGACCACGUUUGGUGCUCUAAAGUUGAACAGGUAUCAAGUGAUGACUCUUGAAACAUGGUUAAAGAUCUAUAGAAACGUCUGUAAUUUUGUUACAGCGUCCCCUCAAACCAUAUAAACUCUUUAAAAUAUUUUUCAGUUUUUAACUCGUGGGGACGAGCGAGCGUACCACGAGUUAUUGCAGGGACUACUAGAUAUGCAAAUUAGUCACUCGCUCACUCGUAGCAGACGAACAUCGGGUCGAGGUUAAUCUGAAUUCUAGAGUGCGAAGAUCUAUCGUUUCCGAAGAAGCACACGCUCCCCGAAGUUCGGUGUGAUCAAAUUCUUAUGAGAACGUGCAUCGUACGCUGCUCAGACUGAGAGUUUUCUUUGUGGCAAUUUUUUUACAGUACGGUUAGGGGUCUUACCAAAUUUAAGACACGGAGGAGGCUAUUGAUUGACGAGAAGAUGCAUGAGCAUUUUCUCUUCGAAAUCCGCAAGAUCACGGGGGAUAAACUGUAUACAAAUUCCAGCUUGCUGGAAAGUGGUCUGAAAGUGAGAAAAUAUCGUGUCAUGCUUUUCUUAAGAACCUGUAUGAGCCAAAAAUGGAUGUGAUUUUGACCAUUAGCUUCAAAGUAACAGCGGAAAUCGAGAUAAGAAAACAUAUGUUUUGCAUCAUACUUCGCAGACGAGGUGUAUCGGCUUUGUAAAGCAUACAAUGUAUGUUCUUUCAUUCAUUCAUUGCCGUGAAAUGCGUUCUGUUUUUGUUGUUGUUUGUUUUAAACUGUCAGUAGCGCCGUUUUACGCGGCUCGAUCAUCUUUAACGGCGUUUGCCGGUGGAUUUUCCGUGGAAAAGGCAUUAAAUAAAAAACCUUUCGCCGAGAGGACGUCUCUAGCUUUAGUGGUGUAGUGGUCAGGUGAAGUUCGCAACGAACCGUAGGUGCGGGGUUCGAGCCCUGCUCAUUUCUUCUUUCUUCGUUCUUUUUUUCUUUCUUUUUUUUUUCCCGUUUUUGUUUUGCUGUUUUUCUUUAAAUGUAUACCUAAAUACUUAACUCUUAUUUAAUAAAGUGCAGUAAACAGCAAGAAAAGUAUUGCGUUUCCUCUUGAUUAAAUAUAUGGAUAAACAAUCUGAAUUUCUAUCAUUUCCUACAAUUUACUGUGGGAAAACCGGAAUUGACAACCAUUUGAUUAUUUCAAACAACGUACCCACGAGUUGAUGAUAGUCUUUCUUUGAUUCUGUUAAACUGUAAAAUUUGUCAUGCAUCUUCUACUUGGAAGGAACUAAUUCGAAAAUCACUAUGUUUGCCCCUUUUCAGGAAUAUCACAGAAAUUGUGAAGAAAAUUAGGAGUUUAUAUGGUUUUGGGGGACGCUGUAACAAAAUUACAGACGUUUGUAUGGAUCUUUAACCAUGUUUCAAGAGUCACAACUUGAUCCCUGUUCAACCUUAGAGCACCAAGCUUGGUCAAAGGACCAAUCUCAACAUGACCCUUUAUAUGGUGGUGUCAGUUUAUCGAUUAGUUUAAAUUUGAAACUCGCCCCAGUUCCCUACGCAACUCCGAAAUGGCCAAUUAGCAAUGAUUUUCUGAAGCUCUCGUAAGCGACCACUCUCGAUUGUUUUACCAUGCGGUCGCUUACGAGAGCUCAUUCUCGUAAGCGACUAGCUCUAGUUACAACCACUUUUUCAAUUUCCGAGGUGGUCUCUUAUGGAGAGCUUCGACUGUAUUAUGCAUAUUAAUUACAUAGUAUUUGCAAGCCACUCAGCUAAGUGACUCAUCAUUGCAUUUUAUUCCUGAAGGUUGUCGCUUUUGGCCUUCCGCGAUCGUCAAGUGCAAAAGCUACCCCCCUUGUUAAAAAGUUUACACUUCCAUUGCCCAAAGACCCUAAGGUAUGCCUUACUUUCGUCUUUCACUUCAAUUUUGGCGAAACCAGUAUGUUAAUCAUAAUUAUAUGCUCGCGCACCUAUUUUUUUAAAUAAGACUUUGUGUUUCUUUAGUUUCAGAUGGGAAGCAACUUCGGGCAGUCACUAUGUGCAGUCGACUUGAAUAAUGACGGGUAAAAAUAAACAUACUCUGAGUAGUUUCAUUCUUAGAGUGUACCAUUCAUCGUGUGAUCCUCCGUAGCUGAAUAUAGCCGUGAAACCUGUAUUAAGCAGACCAAUAGCUGAGGGAAGUUUCAAACGCUACGUCUCAUAUUUUAAGUAAAACAGACACCUUUAUUUAUCGGACACCAGCGAAGGUCCCGUGGGUGUUUCUUCUCAUAUUUUAAGUAAUACAUAUUUUAUUAUUCCGUGUGUUUGCUUAUUUUAUUUAGUCCAUUUUUUUGUUCCUUUCAGGUUUUCAGAUAUGUUGGUCGGUGCUCCAUAUCACCGUCACGAAAAAUUCGGUGAUGAAGGGCGAGUGUAUGUGUACAUGAACAACCAAAAGGUACAAAUUGUAUAAUAUUUCUUAUCCUUAGUUCGCACAACUACAAUUCAUCCUGCGUGUUCUUCCCAUAUUUACCGCUAAAUCGCAUAACUAUGGAAAGAAGAUGGAAAAAUUGAUCCUUGUUGAUGUCUAAUUACCUUUUUUGACUUGCAGACACCACUCAACCACAUGCCAGAAUUAACUUUAGAUGGUCCAAAGGAGAAGGGUUCCUUGUUCGGCUUUGCCAUGGCAGUAGCAGGGGAUUUAAACAAAGACGGUUACCCAGGUAUUUUAAAUACGCCAAAUGAUUGUGACAAAGUAUGACAAAGGAAGAGAUAAGAGCUGCUCGCACUAACAGAAAAAUUAAACUGAAUUCGAAACCCGCGAAGCCAACCUGGAACUCGAGAGAGAUCGAAAUGAAGUAGGCUUGAAAUUCAUGGUCAAUUGUGUCAAAAUACCGCCCGGGAAUAUUAACGAGCCCAACUAACUACUUAAUCAAAUAUCCGAAUCCGAAAAGAGAGCUUAAAUACGAAAAAUAUCUGAUUAUUUUUAACGAUGCAGGGUGCAAAGAAGCUUGCCAUUCGGGCAAGCUGUACUUAGUAUGCACUAGCCUAAAAGUCAUUUCGACUAGCCCUAAAAGAAAGGGUUUUUUCAUGAACGGGAUUGAUUAUAGUUCUUCUCUGAUCUCUGAACUUCACUUGCCAGUCGGGCAAGUAAAAACAGAAUUCAGCAGCCUAGCAAAAUCCACUAGCCCAGGGCUAUUGUCACUACUUUCUUUGCACGCUGCGAAGGCGUUUGAUAUAGUGACGUGAACACUGAGUUUUUUGAUGAGCUAUCCAAUAUUGAACUCGUAUUGAGUUUAGAAAAGUCACAUCACCGUAUUAGUGCGAGCUUGUCGGACAGCAUUUUGCCUAUUAUACAUUUUCACCUUAAAUGUUGUCAUCUGACUCUUAAAAUUUUCUUUAACCAACAGAGGUAGCAAUCAGUGCACCUUAUGGAGGCAACGACAGGGGAGGUGUAGUUUACAUAUAUUUUACUACAAAAGAUGGAAUCGAGACUUCGCCUAGACAGGUUUGGGGUUCUUGCUCGCAGUAUUUCGUCAAUUUCCUACAAUGUUGUCAUAUAGUGACAUAAUUACUUUAGACUUCGAGUAAUCGUGAUGAAGGGCCCACAAAAUGCGCGAGCGCGCGUGAAACUUCACCCACGAUGAAGGUAACACGCGGAAGAAAAAGACUCUCCUCUCGCGGGGCGAUUUCUACGCGCGCAAGUCCGCGCGCGCGUAUUUGGUUCAAAAAUGUUCAAUAUACUCCACUAGGCUCCAGUCGUCAACCACUUGAGUCUACUAGAAUCACCGGAACUCUAGUCGUAAAAUACCUCUGUACGUUUUUACCUCCCACGGAUAGAAGUAAGCAAAGAAUCGGUAGAAUCUAUUUGUGUUUCCAAUGGAAUAUAGUCAUGUCCGCGUACUGGACAACCCUCAGCUAGUUCGCUUAACUGUCCCUAGGGAAAUAAGGGACAAGCCGUACUAGUGUAAAUUUCUUUUUUGGGCAUCGAGAACAUCACUAACGAAUAUUUUUGAUCCCGCCGAAUGCUCGGGAAUUUAAUAUUUGCCAACUUUCUCAGGCUAAGUAACUCUGUUAACUCCUUUUCGUUUUCAACAACAACCAUAUAAAUUGGCGGUAAACACGUUUUCUUCUUGUAAAGGAGACGAUCUUACACAACGUCGAUUUUUAGCGCAACAGCCGGAGUGGUGUAACGUUUUUGCAACUUUGUUUCGAUUGGUUGCUUCAUUUUUCCAACAUUUCAACACUGCGUUCCGUUAAAAGUCGUCGUUGCAAUUCGUCCCGUAUAACAUCACCUAAAGUUUUUUAUUCGCCAAGUGGUAGGCUGAUACCUUGGAACGUGCGCACUAAAAUGUGACGAUUAAAAAAAAAAUACUUUCCCGUUCUUUGAAUUCUUUUAUCGCGGUUGGUUUGUCACUGUCACAUGUCAGUUUCUGGCUUUAAAACCACUAAAUACCUUUCCUCGCAUUUUUGUUCCUGAUAUUUCUUAUUUUUCAACGUUCAGAUAAUCGAAGCUUCUCAAUUCUCCUCUGGUACAAAGACUUUCGGAUAUUCACUUGCUGGUAAUUUGGAUGUUGACAAUAACGGCUAUCCAGGUAGAGGAUUGCGUUUUCUUACUCACUCCCCUUUCCUCGCUAUUUCCAUUCCUCUCUCCCCUGUUUCAUCUACCCCUCCCUCCCUCCCUUACUCACUCACUCAAUCGCGCGCUUGCUCAAACAACCACCUACCCGUCCACCCAAUCAUUCAGCUGCUCACUAACUAACUAGUCACUCAUUCAUUCAUUCACCCACUCACUCUUUCAUCCACUGCAUCCAGCUUUCAAAAACAGUACAUCACCACUUUAAACGUUUUCCAAAACCUCUUUCUUGUUUUGUAAUUAUGAACACGCCGCAUCAUUUUGUCUUAUUGCUGAAUCAUUUCCUUUCUUCCAUGGUAGAUCUCGCCAUUGGUGCAUAUUCAUCAGACCAAGCCUUUCUUCUGAGGUUAGAAGUACACUAUAAAUUGAUUUUAGACCAGAUUUUAUCACUGAACAAGUUCUAGUUAGUGGGGGUGACACCAAGUCAUUACAGGUCAGCAUUCUGAAAGUUUCAAGUCAGUGCUCCUGCGCGAUCAAUACUGAGCAAACAUAAUGAACAGGAGUCUAAGAAAACAGCCCAUAUUUCGCGGCCCCACCACUCAUUUCCCCUUCGUCUGAGAAACGAGAGCAGAAAUUCCAUACUGAUGACGUAUCACUACCCAGAUCUGGGUAGAGCAUCUGAUUUGUCGUGCCGCAAGGAAAAUUUGUUUUUCGCCAACCAGAAGCACAAGGGUACUAAGCCCACAACCGCCAAAUUGAUCGAGUUGGAAGAACGCGAAAUAGUCUCGGGGAAACAAGCUAUUUCUUUCUUACGUUUAACGCGUAGUUACUUUCAUUAUUUUUGGGUCGUAAUUUUUUGUUCUAUUUUCUCUACCUGGCAGGUCGCGGCCAAUUGUAAACAUACCAAUUGUAAACAUGCAAAGUCAAAUAAUACUGAGUACUACAGACAUUGCGCUGGAAGACAACAGUUCAUUGCAAUUAGCAAGUGAUGGUGUCUUUCGGCAAAGGUAAGGUAUUUUAGUUAACAAAAGCAAGAAAAAAACAUUUUCAAGCUGAAACUUAAUUGAACGACCCACCCUAGGUAAAAUGGCCAUCAUUAAAGAUAACGCCUGAGUACCAAACAGUUUAAAGGGCACGACGGGAUAGAAAAGCAUUUGAAAAUUGUUUUUGAAAAGCUCAAAAUGGCGGGAAAUUGGCCUUUCGCGUCAUGGUCCUUAAAAAAUAUUUAUUUGUUACAUCAUUCGUUGAAGUUUAAAUUAUACUGUUAAUCUUGUGACGUCAUUUUCCAGCCAAAAACCGUUAAAAUCGAAAAACGAAAAAAAAAAAACGAUUGUUUGGAAAAAAAGGUCUACCAUCCAGCAGUUCCUGGAGUGCAGUUUCAGGCGUUCUGCUGACCCAGCGUGAAAGAAUAGAGAAAGCCAUUUGAGAUGCUUCUUUAUUGAAUAGAAAGAGUGACAUGUCAUAGAGCGGUUUUCACUUGACUGUCGUAAAACCAAAACCAAAGUAAAUACACUAGCCAACCAAAGGGCGUAGUAAAACCAAAACCAAAACCAAUCCCUUUCGACAGUCAAGUGAAAACCGCUCUAUUACCAUAACUUGGUCGAGGUUAGGAAUGGUACCCACUGCUUUAUUUACACUUUCUUACCUUUCAGCAUCAACAUAACCGUUUGCUUGAAAUUCGAGAAUCUAUUAUCAAAUACGUCCUUUGGUGAGUAGUACUUUUGAUGUGUGGCAUACUAGACUGUUCCUAGUACCCUAUUUUUUCGGAAGACCGUCGGGGUGGAGCGCUUACAGUUAGGUAAACACUUGUUUCCAUAUCUCAAACCGCCCUUGGAUACGUUGUGAUGCCUACACAAAUUAAUUUCAUAUAUAUGAGUGAGCCUUGACAAUAGUGAUUAGGGUUAAGCCCUAACGAUACUGAUUAGGGUUACAGUUGUGGACGGCCCGGCCAUCUUGGUUUCAUCUGUACCGAGGGGGUGGGCGUCGAAGUUUAUAGCAGUGAGAGAGGGGAGGAACCUCCCAAACCCCUAAGUAGUCUUGACACUCAUCUCCGCAAAGCGCUCGUCUCGACGAUAUUACGGAUUAGUAAAAUCCAACUAGUGGUCUAUUAUCAAUGCUGCGUUCUGAUUGGAUGAGCUGCUACUAGGCUAAAUGUUGUAGCCCCCUAGUAGCGAAAAGCGUUUUGCUAGCCAAUGUUGUUUUGUCUCGAUAUUUUUGACCAACUAAUUGGAUUUUAGUUAAACAAUUAUUCCUCUCACCCUCAUGGCCUCUGAAUCAAUAGCCCAUUCGGCCUUCGGCAUCAUGGGCUAUUGGCUCAGAGCCCAUUCGGGCUCGAGGAAUAAUUGUUAAAAAGUAGGGGUCUUUGAAUAGUUUAGUAGGAUACAGUGCUCGAUCCAGACCUGGAGAUAAGGAGGGGGCAGUCAUCCAGAUCCUGAGGUAAGGAGGUGGGGGGCGGUCUCCAAAAUAUGUCUUCGGUCCUUUGGGACUCAUUUUGAUCCAAAAAUAUAGGGGACGCCCCCGGGCCUCUCCCCUGAAUCCGCCACUGGGAUAUCAAAACAACAAUUUCGUUUUGAUUUAAACCAGGGUGCCCAGCCAGCCACAUUUAUAUAUAUAUAUAUAUAUAUAUAGCAGUAUUUGCUUUUAUCAUAUUUUCAGGUUCUGCGAACGUCACUUACACCAUCGAGCUUGAAAGAGAUGAAAAAACCGCUAAUUUCCGCCGCAGAAUGUUUUUCUUGGAUGGAAAAAGAGUCUUUUUCGCCAUCACGCAGCAAGUCACCUUGGCAAAGGAAAAUAAAUCGUUCUGCGAAUUUAAUCACACUGUUUAUUUAAGGGUAAGUUCUUCGACCUUUCCAUAUUUCCUCACCAUCUAACAAAUGCUCAGUGGUAUAGGCGUUAGUGUGGUAUACUGGACCUUCUGGGUCGUGGGUUCGAAUCCUUCUGCCUUUCAUAUCAUUUUUUUUUUCUUUUAAAUUGAGGAGACUUGCACUUUCAUGAACAUUUCCAGCUUGAAAUAUCAUCUAAGUGUGAUAUAAAAGGAGAAAGCAGUUCUACGUUGGGUAAAUUUCGUAAGGGGAGAAAAGGGCUACGGCCGAUGGGAUCUAAUGCUGACCGGUAAAUAAGACAUCACCUAGCCACGUGUUAGGUAGCGAAAGGUACAGGGGAUGAAGGGUAAAGGGAGGAGGAAAGGGAAGAGGUUCGUCCCCUCUCCUCUCCCUCUUAUUUUUGCGCCUACCUCGGAGGCGAAACAUCUCUAAGGAGGACCUCAGUAAAACAAAAAUAUUAUGGGUUAACCAACUUUGUUAGUCUUGUCAUGAUCCGAGUCAUAAAGGAGACGGCUUUGAAGCUCAGUCAGAAAAAGAAAAACAAGUCGUUGUGUCGUUACAUUUAGCAUGAGAGCUCCACUUAAGUUUGCCUAAUUCUUUAUAUUUUAAUGAAACGGGUUUUAACCUGAGAAAAUUCAAAAGAAAGGUUUUAACGGAACCACAUGAUAACUUUUCCCGAACAGACUGUCAUGUAGGGGACUACCAGAGAGUGCGACGGAAAUCGAGCCUACUGAAUAAACGGAUGCAGGGAUGCACACUGAUACAUGCCUUUUUUUUCCUCGUAGAAAAAGGAUGAAAUUCUGAACGUUAUAGCCCCGUUAACAUUUGACCUGACCUACGAUCUCGUCCAUUCUCCUUCUUGCAAACUCUGUCCCAUAUUAAAUAACUACCAUGACCCUGAUCAGCGGUCACGUAGAGGAGAGGUAAGUCCCUUAUGCAGGGUAGCAGAAAAUGUCAAAGUUCAUGUUUGAAAAUAAAUGCUAAAACGUUAAGGAGACUUGGAAAUUGGUGGAUCAUUGAUACCAGAAACUCUUGGAAACGUUAAUUAUGAAUUUCUUCAAAUAAAGAAUGGCUGCCGAAAAGCUUUUCAGAAAAAUUAUAAAGCCCGAAAAGAUGGAAUCAGAAGAUCAGAGUUUGAAGUUGGUAGGCAAGGCCUCAAAUGUCAACCUCCUUCUCUAGUUUUGGAUAUUUUGAAACUGAGAAAUCGCCUACUGCUCCGCGAUAAGUUUAUCAUAGAAUGUUUACUGACGUGUACCCUGAUUGUUCCCUUACCACAGGCUAAUUUCGUUAAACAAUGUGGACCUGACAAAGUUUGUGAGCCUGAUUUAUCUGUUACAGGAGAAAUAAAAACAUUUGGUGUGCAUGGGUGAGUAAUCUACUGUUGUGUUCUUUUAGGCAAUUAAAUGUUUGGCUUUUUGUUUAGCCCCGUGCAAACGGACGCAACAUUGACGGCCAACAACUCCCAUCAUUGUUGCCUGUUGCGUCCGUUUACACACCCUGUCGUGUGUUUUGGGUUUUGUUCGGAGUUGUUGGGCAAGGUUUGAAACUGGGGUCAAUUUAGUAAAACCUUUACACUUGUAAUUUACAAGCAGGGCCGUUGUAUUUACAAGCCUAGGUGAAAAAGAUUUGAAUAAAGACAGUGACAAGUGCAAAUUACAUGUGUCCGGCCUGUAGUUACAAGUGUAGGUUUACACAUCGUCAUGUAAAAUAUGGUAGAAGUUUUUGCGAAAAUCCGACUUAUAUUUUACACGUGUCCAACUUGUAUAUCGCAAGUGCAAAUCACAAGUCGCAAGUCACUUGUAAACAUUGAGUCCUUAUUUUGAAAAGGAUAUUUCUGCGGAAAAAAUGUCUUCCUAAAGCGAAGAGGAACUUGAUGAACUACUAAGACGUCAAAUUGUACGCCUACCACGAAAUUUCGCAGAAGGACGGCCAUUAGACAUUGAAAAUCCAAGAGAGUUCCCAGAGAAGUUUCGUCUCCCUGUGGAUACCUUUGCUCAUCUAUUGGAAUUAAUAGGCUCGCAAAUGGAGCACAGAACGAGGCACAAAGGAGCUUUCACUGCAAGACAACAACUUUUAAUAUUUCUUUAUUUCCUUGGAACAAACUCAUUCUAUCAUGUUAUGCACUCUUGUCACAGAGUCUCCACUUCAAUAGUGUGGCAAAUCAUUAGUCGUGUUGUCCCUGCAAUAUUAGGCAGAUAUAGAUACGGGAACGUCAGUUGACGACGGCGUGCGCAAAUUAAACAACUGGCUUGACCAAUGGCAGAGCGGCAAAUUGGGCACAUGACCACAGCAGCCGAGCUUGUCAUGUGUGCCGUUAUACUGCACAACCUUUGUGUUCGAUUUAGCGAUAACGGCGAAGAUCUACAAGACGGAGCAGAUGUUAACAUCGUUGAUGAUAAUUUUGCGAUCGAACCGGGAAGAGUACAAGACGGCAGAUAGCAGCAGCUGCUUAUGCUUAUGCACUUUCUGUGAGUGUGGAAAUGCACAAUUUAAAUCUACAGCAGAUCAAAAGGCAUGUUUUGAUUGCAUUGACAUUGCAAUCCAAUCAGUAUUUAUAUUUAUUUAUAUCUUGAAGCAAAAGCCAAUAAAUCUGGAACAACCACGUGCAAUGAGGAGUAUCAUGAUUUUAUUACUAUAGCCCUCUACGCCGUUAAUGUCACUACAAAUCUUUGAAUUUAAGCAGCAUUUAACUAAAUUAACAGCGCUCUCUAGGUCCUUUUUCACCUUUUUAAUUUCCAGUCGAAGCUUGAUGCAUUCAAGCCAGAGCUUUCUCUUUUGUAGGCGUAAAAUCGCCCCUUCUAGUGACUGAUUAGCCCGGUCAUUUGUCGUUUUUCUUGAUUAUAUAUGCUCCUUCUUCUUCUUGAAUUUAGUCUAUUUUUUAAAUGUUUUAAACUAGAUGGCCCAAAUUAUAUCUCCCAAUUUUUUACACCUCGCUUAACUAAAUACAAUCUACGAGACAGUGGCUUAAAUGUUGUGCAGCCUCCAUAUAACAGCCUUGUCAUACACAAUUUAUACAUGAUUGCCCACAUGUGGAAUCAACUACCAACUGUCACCAAAUCCUGGAGCACUUUAGCACAAUUUCGUGCUCGCCUGAAUAAUGUUAAUUUCACAGGGUGCCAGUGUAUGAACUGUAUAUAAUUUAUCUAUUUUUACAUUUUUACAUACUCUUGGGCCGGUUUAUAUAUAUAUAUUUUAAUAUUUUAAUCACUUUAUAAUUACGAUUAGUCCAUUUUAAACUAUUUUUAAUGCAUGUACUUAGGUUUUUUAGCUUCUUUCCAAAAAGUAGUUUCUUAAAAAUUUUUCCCAAAAUUACGAUGUACUUAAUGGGUAGGUUUUUUAUAUUUGUAUAUGCAUAAUUCACAUUUUAUCUUGUUUUGUAUUUCUAGUCUGUCGAGCGUUUUUAACAUGAGCUUCUGGCUCGGCAGAUUGUGCAAACACUUCCCACGUCUCCGACAUUAAAUAAAUCAUUUCAUUCGAUUCCAAUAUUUGUACCGACGCUGUUUAACUGCGUACGAAUGGUUUCCCAUGCUUAUGGCUUUUUUUUGUCACUUUCGAAGAAAACGGCGCCAAGACAACAGCCUUGUUGUCUCUUACUAGCUGAGCAAGAAGCAACUUUUGUUCUUCAGAUAACAUGCUUGAAAAAGAACUUAUUUACCCAAGGAAACACAUCGAAAAACUUAUGUCCAUGAGCUACUGCAACGUGUUUAUCACUACAAGUGCGUUGAGUACAGAAUUUACACGUGUAAUCUACACUUGUAGUCUGACCCGUGCUACAAGAGUUAAUUCCGGGGUCAAAAUUUCCUUUAUUAAAUCCGUGUAUUCACAAGUGGGACAAUUGGAAAACAUACAAGUGCAAAAAUUUUAUUAAAUUGACCCCUGGUCAAACUUUUAAGCCAACAACUCCUAACAUUUCUUUUGUUCCGUGAUUGCCGAAGGGUAGCAUAACAAUGUUGGAUCCAAUUGCACAGCGCUUCCGACAUUGUUUGGGCCACUCACAUGGUUUACUGACAAAGUCUUAUUGGUUGUAUUCUUCCGACGUUGCACUGCAGGUCCCAACAUUGUUGGGAGUUGUUGCAUCCGUUUGCACACCAGUGCCAACACGGACGCAACAACUCCCAACAUUGUUGGCCCAACAAUGUUGGGAGUUGCAUGUAGCUUUAGUGUGUCUGUAGCCUGUACACAGACGUUGUUUUAUUUUUCUUUUCGUUCUUUUGGAAAACAUCGGCGAGCUCGCGAGGGAAGCGAGCGCACGAGAAUGAGCACGGAGCGCGUGAAAGAAAAGUAAAGAACUAUUUUCUAUUUUCUUCUUCACCCACCCCUACCCGUUUGCGCUGGCGGUCAAUAAAUCCCCCGUGGUUUAUAUUUUAUCACCCGCCGCGCUCGAUGGAAUUUGAAGAGAAAAUAGAGGGCCUGUGAAGAGGCUAGUGUGUCUGCACAUAACAUCUUGUUUGCGGUGUUGAUGUACCCGUAACCUCGAUGCCAGUGAAAUGACCUGUAGUUCAAAGAACAAAAAUGAAUCGCACUUCAUCUUUAUUUCAAAAUUUCGUUCCAGCGAUGAGCACAAAGAACUUCAUGUUGGCGAUGAUGACCAAAUGACAGUCUCAGUGACGGUGAUAAACAAAGCGCAAGACGCAGCCUACUCUGGAAAGGUCAUCGUGACCUUCCCUUCCAUAAUUUAUUAUGCAAGCAGUGGUCAGGUUAGUUGACGCACCAAAGUGCUGUUGAGACUCGCAACUGUGUGGUCUCAACUCUUUCACUUUCUUUGCUGUCAUUGUACGACUACGACGUAAAACUACCAAAUUUCAUGUUUUCUGCAGGACGUGGACACAAGACAACGAUUUUCUAAUUCCUUUUUAAACUUAGAUACAGUCCUUUAGAAUUCAACUCCAGAAAAAUUUUCACCAACAUUUUGAAAAUUUAAACAACAUCGAAUAAGGGCGAUGAAUUUUGAAACAGCGCGAGUUCACUUUUUAAAAGACGUUUUUCCCACCGUCCUCGACGUCGUCGUUGCUUAUGGCUGCCAAUUAUCAUGACCGGCGUCAACGUCAUUUCCAUCAUCAACAUAUCCCCGUCCUCAACGGUAUUUGCCGUAGCAUCAUUUACACGUCACGUCAUCAUGUCUAGCACAUACGUCAUCAUUAGUUUUAUCAUCAUCGUCCUCGUCAUUAACAACAGUUUCAUCAUCAUCAUCAUCAUCAUCGACGUCCAAUUUAAAUUAGUUACUUUUGAGACGGCCCCUGGGACUUCAACCACCCUUCCCAAUCCUUGAGUGAAUAACAUGGUUCGCAAACAUUUUUAUCUUAGGAUGUGAGCUGUUCCAAAGUACAAGAAGAUGAACAAUCAGUCAAUGCUGAUGAAACGAAAGUUGACUGCCGUCUUGUAAAAAACCCCCUCCACAAAAACUCUAAAGUAAGUUCCUUCUCUGUUGUUCAUUGUCACAAACGUUGAAAUGAGUGAGUACCUGAGGCAAACUUGCGGUAUAGUUCUGUCGCGUGCGUUGAGUUAGACCAAAAAACGAAUCGUAUCGUCUUAUACGAACGCGCCCCUGGCGGUUUAAGACAGUUGCGAGUUUUAUUUUUGACCCGUUGCAUGCGAAAGCUCCAACGUCCAAAUCGGUAGCCUGAGAAAACAGCAGAGGAUUUCGCAACGCGAUCAAUGAUUUCCUCGUGAAAUGACGUCUGGGACAACUGCUGCGGAAAUUCCAUACUGAUGACGUUUCUCCACCCAGAUCUCGGUGGGUAGUGCGUCUGAUUGGUUGCGCCGCAAUGAAAUUCUCUCUAGCCAAUAAGAAGAAGUGACAUCUUAUCCGUUUGGAAUUGCUGCGCUCGUUCCUCUGACGUCAUUUCGCGGGGAAGGUGAACCAGUCGGUUGUCUUCUCAGGCCACCGAAUCGGCCAUCAAGCAAUUUUACAAAGUGUGAUUCAUUUGAAAUAAAGAGCGUUUUAACGGUAGUUAUUUUUUUUCCAUUCCUAAACAGUUCGAUAUCAAAUUUGACACGACUCGAGUGACAGGAAACAUAAGCGAACUUGCCAUCCAUCUUGAAGCAACAAGGUGAAAAUAUGUUUGUUCAUGUCUUUAUGAAACUAAAUAAAAGGAUGGCUGUUACUGUCAGAAAGUUGGGAUCUUGUGUACUAGAUCGCGGUCGACAAUGAUCGGUAAUAUAUUGAAUGAGGAUCGACAAGUCGUCUGUCAAGUGUCGAGUCAAAGAGGAGGGAAUAUCUAUCAUCAUAUCGACCGAUACUCUGAUCAAUAACGAACCAUAGUCGACGGAUGUGUCCAGUGAGAUGUCGUUUGUAUGAAUACGAAUUCACCCAAUUCCUAUACUCUACCGAAACACAACCUGUUUUAAGGAUCAGUCGGACAGGAGACCGAGAAAACAAACAAUGUAAAAUAAAACAAACGAACAAACAGUGCUGCUUUGAUGGAAAAGAAGGAUUGAUAUAAUGGAGUGAUUAUUGAGCAAUUUAUUAUUAGAUGAGACUGAGUAUGAUCUGAAGAAUUAUUCAGAUCCACGAGGCCGUCAUUUCGUCUUCGAAAAACAUGUGAGAUUUUCCACCAUUUUCUCCAGCACUAGCAAAACAAAUGAGCUAAUGCAAACCCUUCCCCAGGGCCUCGGUUGCCAUCACUUUUCUGGUGACAUUCUGCAUUAUUGACGUCAUUCUACUGGAUGUCGCAAACCUCUUCCAAAUUUGGUCAACGCUUGCUGGUUUUGAAGAAUUGGCCAGAGGAUUUGAGCCAAUCAUAAAACGGAGAAAUAUUUUGAUAGAAAAAUAAUAUUUGUUCUCAUAGAAGAGUAAUCGUUUAGAUAAAAGUUGAUCUUUGUGAGUAAUGUUUGUUUUUAUUAUUGUCGAACAGUCCCAGUAAAGAUCUUGAUCCAUCUGAUAACAAAUACACCGUCAAAGUUGCCGUCAAAUUCGAGGCAGAUCUCAGCGUCGAAGGGUAAGCUAGACAGUAUUUGAAACAUUUUAUCACUCAAAACAACUUAUCACAGUUUAACCUCCUUAAUGAGAAAACCAAAGGGACAGAACCAAGUGUAAACAUCAGAGAGAGGUAGGGAUUGUAUGAAGUUUGGAACUAUGAGAAGAACCUGCAGUAAAGUUGUCUGUAUUAUGAAGGUGUCUCUGCCCAGAGAUGGACGUAGACGACGGGAACAGUUUUUUAAUUCUGAAAAGCGUUUUACGCUGAAAGAAAUAUUUGGCAAACUGUGGCAGUCUGUUGGUUUUAUUUAAAAGGUCACUUUUGAAUAAAACCAAUUAUAGUUAUAACCGCCUUCACCAGUGUAACAUGGAACUUUACAUAGAGGAAAAUGUUAAUUGGUGUCCUAACCAGUGCGACUACCGAAGUAUUCGUCGGCGUCGUUUAUAACAACAUUUUUUUCGACAUGUGGAUUUCACACUUGUUGCGGACCUAUUCAGUGGAAGGUUCUAGAGUAAUCUUGUGGUUUUAAACUUUUUCAGUUUGUCUAUACCGGAUCAAGUGGCGUACUCUGAAAAAACAAUUGAGGUGAAAAACCUCAUCGAUGUUGGACCUUCUGUGAAGAAAGUCAUAACGGUAGGUAAAGGAUUCAGUUGUAGAGCAUGCUGCGGACAAUAGAGACCUCAAGAUCGAGGUUUUAUGGUAUUUCCCGCGAAUCGCGAACGUCAUUAACGUUAAGUCAUGUGACUAGGGCCUUGCCGUCAGGCUUGCUCUUUGAGGUUCACGUUUGGACGACUAGACCACGCUAAGUGACCAGGUGAAUGAUUUACCGGGAGUUUUUUUGCAUCCUAAAACAUCACAAUUGCACGUUUGAGAGGAAACGCUGCUUUUUAGAACUCUUUCGCUGAUUAAUUAUUAAAUUCUUUUUGAAGAUGAUUUCUCAGCUAAAAUAGAAGUAAGUGGAUAAACAAAAACAAACGUGGCAGCCGCGAGCUACCACUCGCGAAUCUAAGUCCCAGAUAUGUGAUUUGCCGUUUGCAAUAAACCUUGGUUUUCACUAGCGCAUAAGCAUAAGCACAAGCACAUGUGUAUUGCAAGUGAAAACUGGGUCAACAUAAGCAUAAGCGUAAGCACAAGAAAAACGGACAAGUUCGUUCUUCUUGUGCUUGUGCUUACGCUUAUGUCGUAGCUUUGACUAGUGAAAACUGGGUCGACAUAAGCAUAAGCCGUGGACUAAUCAUAGGCCACUUUGACCCAGACCUCAUGCGAACAUAUCAAAAGCAAUAUGGCGAACAAAGCGUCCGCCAUCUUGUUUACCAUCAGGUUGAGGAGAGCUGGUAUCGAGAAUUGAGUCAAAUAUGCUAUUCUGCGCGUGCGUAUGUCCUUAUGCUUAUGCUUAUGCGCUAGUGAAAACCAGACUUUGACCAAACCUCGAUCUUAACGUCUCCAAUUCGUUUGGAGAUAGACACUUAAGACUGUAAGUCCCGAUGGUGACAAACAUCAAUUUUCUCCUAACAAUAUCCAUAUGUUGCCAAGAGAAAUGACUAUGAGAGUUAAUAAAAUUAUCGGGGCUUAAAAGGUUAACACUGUAAAUGAUUUGAACCCAGGAGUCAUGUUAUCAGUAGGUGGAACAUGAGUGUAGGAAUCAAUUCAGGUUUCUGGGAAACUGCCCACCUACCCCUCCCCUAAGCUAACAUUAACACUUACUUCUCACUUGGGGCAAAAUGAUGACUUAGGGAAGGGUAGGUGGGCAGUUUCCCAGAAGCCUAAAUUGAUCCGAGUACAGUCUUGAAUGUUGACAAUGACAGUUGCCUCGACAACCACUGCUUACGUCAUCAUCAGAAUCAAAGCGAGGCAAAGACUUAAGCUGCUAACUCCAUUCUAAGGAUUAGAGUCCAGCAUUUAUGUUUGCCUCAGAUACGCGUCCGCAUUACAUAGUGUGUCCGAUUCAAGGCAGCUGACUUGCUUUGUUAAUUCCGUCUUGUUUCUAGGUAAAAAAUAACGGCCCCAGUCCAGUUGAUUACGCUGAGGUCACGAUCCUGGUUCCAAUCAAAAAUAAAACGCUAGAAGAACCAAACUAUGUUCUUUACUUGGUGGAUCUGCAGGUGAAAUAAUUAGUGAAAAUCUUGCUGUUGGCUGUCGCGAUUGGCUGAAAAAUCUGGCGCCACUUUUUUCUAACCAAUCAGGGGUCAGACCGAAACCAAUGGUAGUGCUUUCCCGCUCUUUGCGCGGGUUUCCUGUAAUUUUACUUCACGGGCCGGCUAAAUGAUUUACGUCUCUGCGUUGUGAUUGGCUAGAGUAAGUUGGUGUGUAUGACACUUGAUUAAAACUACUCUCAUUUACAGCAAACAUAAAAAUGAAGCACUGCUAAAAUUAGGAUGCAUGAGUAAAUCUUUUUGUUUCUUGCCCGUUUUUAGAAAACGACAUUGUAAUGACAUUUCUUGCUUUUCUUUUAACUUAGGUUCUUAAAAAUGCGGGUAGAUGUAACGUCAAGACCAAUCCUCUUAAUCUGAAGGUUGGUAUGCUAAUUAUUGGAAGUUGGUGUAUUAUAAGUGUUUGGAGAGGAGCAAACACUCCUAUUGGUGGAAAUAGAGAGAGUGUUACUGCAGAAUAGUGUGUGUUUGUGAGGGUUGGGUGAGUGGGGAUUUAGUAUGACACUGUUUCUAAUUUCGAAUUGAGGACUCAAGUGUUAAGAAGUUGUCUUACGUCUCAUUUCACCAUAUUUAGGAUGGAAAUAACUCCACUUUACCAAACCAAGGUCAGUCUGUAUCUACAGAGGGAAAACCGGCAGCCAUAACGCAGGAACUGGUAAUGAAAUUAGAAUUUUUCAUUCUCUAUCUAGUCUCUUACGCAGCCGUUUUUUUGAUUACCCAAAUCAAUGCUCCUCCUCCGUUUGCGGGAAAGAGCAUUGUGAGUUUCAUUCAUUCAUUCAUUCAUUCAUUCAUUCAUUCAUUCAUUCAUUCAUUCAUUCAUGCAUGCAUGCAUGCAUGCAUGCAUUUAUUUAUUUUUGCCAUUAAAAAGAAAUACAACGACAGUAUACAGAAAUUUAUAAUACAUUAAAGAUAAUAUACAAUAUUCUAACAAAAUUAUUUAACUUAAAUUGGAAAAUUUAUUUAUUCUUCAAGAAUGUUUAAAGUGGUAAUGGAAAUGCCUAUAUAGAAGCCGGGGCAUACAAAAGCUUCCUGGAACUUUAGUUAAGGGUACGGAAUUUUCGGGAAAAUAUCUGUUCGGAAGACGAUUUGAGAACUAGAAAAUUUGUUGUAAAAUUUCUUGCUUGCCCGCCUCUACUAGGAUUUUCGAACAUACAAAAUGGUAUAAUUACCCAUUUUAAACGGAUAUUUACCCUAAAAAACGGCUUCCUGGAAGGCUGAAAUUUUCGGAAAGGUUAGUUUUGAUCCCUAUAAUUUUCGGAUCACUAGAAGCUAGGAAAUCCGAACAGAUGAAAAGUUUUUAAUAUCUACCGUUUAAAUACUAAAAUGAAAAUUUGAAUAAUUAAAAAUUUGGAAUAAUUAAAAAAAAGAACAAAGAAAAGAGAAGAAGAGAAAGAAGUUAAAUCAUACUUAAGGGCCUGCAUCGGAAUCCUUUAAUAGACAUUAUGUAUGGCGAAGUAAGACUUAUUUCACAUGCGUCGAAUCUAAUGCAUAUGGGCAAGAACAAUAGAUUUUCCUUAUUAGCAUUAACCCUUUAAGUCCCAAUAUCCACAUACAAAUUCUCCAAACUGGUCUCCAUACAUUUCCUUGAAGAAUUAUUUAAGAGAAUUUGGUAAAAGACCAAAUAUUUUUCUCUUUGUGAUCAUUUUGUUAAUUCUCAUAGACUUUGCUCAUGAUAGUCUAUGGAUAUCGUUAGGAGAAAAUUGAUCUUGAGCACUAUUGGGACUAAAAGGGUUAAAUUCUACACAUAUACAGCUAUUUCUUGAAAAGUUGUCGGAAAAAAUGUGCAAACGACAAUCCCGAAAGGUAACAUGGGAUAUGAUCAAUGCACUGUUCCUGACACUAUAGCUGUCGAACCUACUUUUGUUGCUUUCUUUUACCACUCGCAAACAUACGGUCCAUGGCCUCUCGUGUCAUUCUUUCAGACUUCUUUGAAAAACAGUGAAUUCAAAACCGCCCACAAUACCUUUCGGGGAUUGUCGCGUGCAGUGUUUCCCACAACCUUUCUCGAAAUAGCUGCAUCUGAAAUGCUACGUUUGAACCCGGCCUUAAAAAAGGACAAAUAAACGCAUGAAAUGCGCAUGAUCUCGUUAUAAGGUACAUGCAAUGGGUACACCGGCAUUAAAUGCAUAAAUAAUUAUGCAAUGCACAUCUUUGUCAUGUAGUGCGUUCUUAAUGAAGUACGUGCCAGUGUCAACAGGCACAUGUCACCCUUCAUGCAGACAAAAUACAUACAUAAAGUUUUAGGUAUGCCAUGCUUACAUAGUUACAGUGCGACUACUACAACCGGCCCACCUACUGGUACAUAAAAUUGACAAAUCGGAUUACAGGAAAAUAACAAUACAUUUCGAGAAAGUUAGUUGUCAAUCAUAAUUACCCCGAAACGAAAUAAACAACAUGGAUCGAAAUCAACCAAUCACAACCUACAGACGUGACCUUUUGAAUCCGCUGAAGAAUGCCGAUUUUUCCUUAGAGGUCCGUUAGAGUGAGUGACGGAGGCGAAAAGCGUAAACGUGAAUUAUAAUUUGACUUGAGGUCGCAUUUUAUUUCAAAGCACGGCAGUGGUACCAAAGAAAUUGCUGGUAGAUGACAAAAUACCAGCUUGUGUCAAACAAAUAAUCCCUCCUGGGUGUCAUAUGUAAAGUUUCGAAUACACAAGCAUUGUCUUUUGAUAUAUUUUGCAUUCUAAAAAAACAUUUUCUAUCAUUAUUUAAAUUUUGCGUGUUGUGCUUCGAGUAACUUAGUGUUUUUUUAUGAGCUGCUGAUUGGCCCACAACCAACUUUCUUGGAAUUAUAUUGUUAUUUUCCUGUAAUCCGAUUGGUCAACUUUGUCUAAGUGGCUCCGGUAACAGUGGUCGCACUGUAACAUCCUCUCAGGACUUCAAAAUCAUCUAGCUAAUCUGGCAUCGAUUUACAUUUCACAGGGUGUCAGUAAAACGCGGGGUCGAGGCUGGGGUCGAGGUCUAUCUUUUUACAAAGAAUGCCAUUUUAGGGUAGGGUUGAGCUUAGAGUUAGGGUUAGGGUUAGGGUUAGGGUUGGUGUCAACCCUAACCCUAACCCUAAAACAGCAUUCUUUAAAAAAAAAAAUAGACUUCGAUCCCGCGUUUUACUGACACCCCAUUUCACGCCCUUUCACUGCUUUUAAUUUCGAAUGCCAGUCACAGUAACCACUCUUGAAUUUGCUUGUUUGUUGUCUUUUGGACCUGUAACUUACGUUAGUUUUUUUCCUCAGCCAUGCGAAUAUGACAGUUCCUUGACGUGCCUCAAGAUUCCUUGUUAUUUGGAAAGAAUGAAAAGAGGCGACCAAGUCCAAAUUCAAGUGACAUCCCGAGUCUGGGAGAGUACCCUUGUUAAGGUACUUGUUAUGAAAAUAAAAUGACUCGCCCCAUGAUCCCCAUGAUAGGGAAUCCAAAACAGUAUUGGAUUCUAGAUUCCAGGCCGUAAGCCACGGAUUCUUUGCCGGUGGUUUUUGGAUUCCGGAUUCCUCAAGCAAAAAUUUCUGGAAUCCGGAGUCCCUGACACUUUGCAAAAAUUAGAGUUGUUAAGCUAAAAAUUGGCUUGCUAUACUGUGGUUUCUUUUUGUUCUUACCAAUUUUGGGUUUUAAUGUGAGCCAUAACUGCAUUUGUGGACAGAGAAAACUCCAUUCUAUAUUACAAACGCGUUCCUUUACCUUUCGAACGUCAUUGGUGUGGACGGGCGGUCGGUCGGUCAGUCGGACGUACGGUCACGUGGUGACCAAAAUUCUUGGACGGGUAGAUUACCACAUUUAUUAGGUAUGGGGCUACGCUUGCGCGCGCGUAGAGCUCCGCUAUUAGAAUGUGCAUUAAACAUAACUUUCAGAAACGCACACGCUCUUGCUUAUAAUUAAUGUGGGUUUAACACUUUUGUUUCUUUUUAUUUAUGAUUAUUGUGCAGGCCAAGGUUGGUUCGGUCAACAUAACAACCACCGCUAAAGUCACGCCAUCAUCUUCUGUUCCUGAAAUUGAAACAGACAACAACGUGCAUAAGGUUGGAAGUCCCGCGCGCGUGACACGAAUACCCAGUAUUGCGUGACGAACCGAAAAAAAAGUCUGCGUAGAAUACUAGCACGCAUUUGAAAGGUUUCCCUUUGAAUGACAGUCAAAAAUGGGAUUAAGAAGAGACGAGAUUAUGCAGAGAUGGAAACACUCGAUAUUUUACAUUUAUUUGACCCUCGCUAUUUGUAAUUUAUUCAGAACUCAGGGUAGACUAGAAAGGGAGAUUGGGGAGACAGGCCAAAGGACCUUCUCUUUUUUCCUCGUCGAUCUUCUUAUCUUCUUUCUGUGUCCGCCGCCCAGGAUAUCCAUAGUUUGCCACUUUUGAUUAAGUGAGAGCUUACUUGUAGCCAAUCUCGUUCCCAGAGGCCGCGAUCCUUUCGUACAGCGACGGGUUGCCCCAUCCGCUGGACAAAAGUAACGGAGGCUCUGGGAACGAGAUUGGUUCGCAGGUAACUCGCAGGUUAUAUGUCAAGAUUUCUUAACCUAGAACAUUUUUUCAUUUGCAUAUUUCUUGGAAGUUUUAGCUGAAUGGGGAGCUUAAGCAAAGGCGUUUUUGAGUGACGCACGUCAACCGGAAGUGGAUCUUUUGCAUUCUUGGGCAGUGGUUUUUUCCACAUUUUCAGGCAUAUUGUCUCCAUAAGUGUAAAGACACUUCGCAAUACACAUUUGGUAGCCUCAAGGCAUAUUAAAAGAUAGCCUGCGAACUGCAGACGCAUUUCCGGUCGUCGCUUCUCUCCCACCGGAGGGAGAGAGGCGACGACCGGAAAUGCGUCUGCUGUUCGCGGGCAUAUUAAAAGGGGGAACAGGCUUUACUUCCGGAACACGUGCAUCGCUCAAAAACGGCUUGAACUACAACACAACAAAAAUGUUUUGCUCUAAUAGCUCAUUCAUUUGAAUUGUCUCAAUACACACGCCAAACUUUUCUGCCAAAUUGGUGAUUUUCAAAUGUUGUUUUUAAAAUCCUUGAGUUUUUUAUUUUUAUUCUAAGAACGGUUUCUUUUGCUCUUGUACAGAUCCAGCUACUAGCUAAACUAGCAAGCCAUGUUACCGAAAAAGGAACCGCUGUUUGGAUCUAUAUCGUGUCAGUUCUCGGAGGCCUCGCUCUUUUGGCCCUUGUAGGACUUGCCCUUCAUAAGGUAGGUGCUCAUUAUUCUAGAGAAACAGUAAGGUUGAAAGCAAAAGGGAUGCAGGGCCGAGAAAGGGGAUACUUCUGUCAAUUUGGGACAGAAGAUUUGUAUCUGUUGGGUGAACACGUAAAAAGUCUCUUGUUCUAAAUGCUUUUAGCUUGCGAAUACAGCCGUUUCUCCUUGCUCGUCGCUGCUAGGGAUGUUUCGCCAGGAGGAAAAUCUGCGCCUCAGCGACAGAAAUUCCAUACUGAUGACGUAAAAUCUGUCCGGAAUCUGGUCAGGAGCUCUGAUUGGUCGACAUAGUAGUGGUAUUGUUUUAGCUAUUGUUUACGAAUGACAGGCCACAAAGGUCAAAUGUAAACGAGUUCGUAAACGUGAUAACAUGAGAUCAGGCUCUAUUUUCGUUUCUCUUUGGGACUACGUAAGAGAGAAUGUAUGAGAACUGCUAAAAUUGGGCCUGAUCUCGGGUUGUAAACGUGAUGAAUUUAUCAAAAAACAGUCAAUAGUCCUGGAAUAUAUAUUGUGGUUCAAUUUGAUCCUUGGUUUAAGUUUUAUUUGCCUUUGUGUUGGGGUAUGGUAAUGUGUGAUAAUGAGUUUAAAACAGGGGGAAGUAAAAUUUAAACCAAGGAUAAAAUUGAACCAUAACAUAUUCCUCUUUAAAAAAAAGCAUCUGAGUUUUGGUGGAGCUCGUUCGCAGUAGAACACAAAACUUUACCAUAAUCGACCAGGAGAAACAGAAACCUGACAGAAAGUCAAACGAAUUUACAUUUGGAACCCCAUGACUACAGGAUUUACUGCGUAAACAUUGAUUUACGUCAUCAGUAUAGAAUUUCUGUCGCUGAGGCAGUUCCUCCCGGCGAAACGUCCCAAGCGGCGAGAAGCAAGGAGAAACCCCGGGGGGGGCCGGGGGGAGAAACGACUGUAUUCGCAGGCUAAAUUACUUUUUUCUUAAUGCUAAAUGCAUUUACGAGCCUUGUUCGUGUUCUAAAAAAGUUGCUAAAUUGGAUAUUGCUUUCAGAUUAGUCUAAAUACAAAGUAAAUUGCUUGAAAAACAGAAGAGUUUGUGACGCGUGACUGUUUCGAAAUCACAACCGGAUAUUAAAACUGUCAAAUUUUCCCGCUCCGGGAUACAAUUUUCUUAGUUAUAUCUCGCUUCAAUGAAAUCGCCCUGAACUGAAACUUCGCAUACAACGUUAAGUACUGGCUAGCUUCAAGCUGGUAGAAAAUCACACGAUUUUGAGAUGGUCACGUUAGCCUCCGGUACCACCUUAAGGAGUGUUUUUUUGUUUGACAGUGUGGCUUCUUCAAACGGAAUCGCAUGGAAAAGCCAGAGCAUACAGAAGAGGAGUUAGAACCCAUGAGGGCGGGGCCAUCUACAGCGUAG